UUGUCCACUUUCUCUCAUUUUUUUCAAAGCUGAGAGAACCAGAGAAAAGAAAUGGCUGAAUACCAGCAGGCCACCCAGAUAGUGACAGUCUCCAGCACCCAUCAAAACCCUGGGCAUUGGAGCACUGGCCUCUGUGAUUGCUGUGCUGAUAUGGGCACUUGUUGCUGUGCCCUUUGGUGUUUCCCCUGCAUGCAGUGCGAUACAGCCAACAAGCACGGCUGGUGUUGCUGCCUCCCACUCUGUGAUGUAUGCUGCGUGGUGUCCUGCAUGCUCCGCCAGUCCAUCAGAGACCGCCACGGCAUCCCUGGUUCGUGCUGUGAUGACUGGUGUAAAAUAAUUUGGUGUUACGAGUGUGUCUGGUGCCAGAUGCAUCGUGAGGUGAAGAUCAGGGCCUACAUGCAGCCGGCCACCUCAACGGUGGUCACCACUCAAGUUGUCAGUGGAUAGGAUGUAACCACUUUGGCUCUUGGUUGAGUGAAGAUGGCCAACAGUAUUUCAAAAUUCAUUUCAAGUAUUUCAAAGUGCUGAAGCUUGUGUAGUUCAAUACAAUAUGUAGAGUCUUUGUUAAAACCAGAUGCUUUGAGCUUUGGUAGCGUGUUGGGUAUAUAAUACAACUGAGAGUGUUUGUUUACUCUGGCCAGUAAAAUCUGUAUAACUUCACAUGGUCACUGUUAUUGUAAUCUUUCCCAAGUUAAAUUUAACUUUUGCUGAAAUAAAAAGUUGCUUGUAUUCACCCAUUAUA